AUGGAUUCGCUAGCAAGUACCGAGAAACUAGUCUUUGAUUUUGUUGGGUACAUGUGGACACCCAUCAUUGGUGAUUUUCUAAGCAUAAUCUUCACACUAUUCGGCUUGUUCGGCUGCUACCAGUAUCGACCCAAGUUUUUAGCGGUGGCAAAAGGAUUAAAAGAUAACACAUCAGGGCUCGAAAUUCGCACUAGCAAUUUGCUAUUUGAAUGUUUUUUUAUUACAAAUAAUCACUUGCCUUUUCAGUAUGAAUUUCAUGGUGUUUUGCCAAUAUGUGGAGAGUUAAGAACUGAAUUUGAAGCGACUCUUGCGUACACCAAUUAUAGGGUGGAGCUGUGGUUAGGAUGCUCACCUUCAAAUUCCAUGGUUCUGAGUUCGAAUCCUGAAAAUUCAAAUAUAUUAAAUUUUAAUACUGGUAGUGAAAGUUGGUGGAAGACACAUGGGUUUGGCUGUACGCUGCACGAAAACAACACAGUCACGUCUUUCGAUGAUUAUACCUCCACGGCUCCUGAAGUCACUGAUUGUUUGCUGGACUAUAUCUACAUAGAAACCAUCCAUGCUGCAGUCCAAAUUUUACUAGCGGUUUUAGGUUUCAUUCUUGCCAUAGUUGUAAUAUACAAGUUUAAUGAAGAAGAAGAUAGUUUUGAUUUUAUUGGUGGUUUUGAUUCUUAUUCUGCCUACAAUCCCGCAGCUAAUGUCAAGGGUCAAUCACUUCAAAUGCAGCCCAUUUAUAUGCCUAAACCAGAUGAGAUCAGCACUAAAUUUGGCUUAGAGCUCCAUAGCUUACGAUUGUCAGACACCACGGAAUGACGUGAGAAGAAUGAUAUCGGCCAUGUUUAACAGACAAUCACAAGAAAAACCACAUAGCAGUACAUUACUAAAUCUCCUAGUUUAUAGCACUUUUCCACCUAAUUGAAAUAUACAUACCAAGCCCAACAUGAUUUCCUUUUAGUAUGGAUAUAUCCUGUUUUAUAUUUGUUUUGAUACAGUUUAGUAUAAAUUUUUGCAUUUUGUGUUCAUUUCUGGAUUUGUGCUCAAGGACGCAAAGACCGAAUUUACAGUUGUGAAAUGAAAAAUGUUUGAUUUCAUGUGAGCAGUGAGCAACCUUUGAUAUUGUCAUGAAAAAGCAAAAAAUACACACAAUGAUGAACCAUCUUCUACGGAGAACACUGCAUACCUGCUAUAGAUGACACAGUGAGGAGGGAAGUGGGAGGUUUUUAAACUUGGGAUAGCAAAACUCAAGGAGUAGUAUCCGAUGCCACUGUAGCUCUAAAUUUCUACAAGUAUUGUUUAAGUUUUGUUGGAGAAUGCAUUGGAAUUUACAAGUUGAAAUGUCGAAUGAUAUUCUGAAACUAAUGCUCCCAAGUAUAACAUUAUAAUGUGUUUGGAAAACGAUAUGAAGCAACAUUUGUGAGUGGAACCUGAAAAAGAAGUACUGGAGUGAUGAUAACGCUCAACAAAAGAGAGCAUCUCUGUAAUAUCUAGGUUGAUUUCCAUUUCUGACACUGUCGCCCUCUAUAGGAAGUGGUUGGACAACAGCACCAGCCUGAAGUGGGGAGAGAUAUUCCCUUCUUUGAAUGGAUUGAUCAGUGUCUAUCUUCAUUUAUAACAGAUGAUUUUAUUUAAUUCAACAUUACUACAACAAACAAAAGAAUGAAUAAUAGUUGAAUAUAUUAUAAGAUUUCAUUUGUUUAUGAAAUGGAACAACAAAAAAAUAUACCAGUUUGUGCCUUGUGGAAUUUCUCCGAAAAUGUAAAGAACAAUGUAAGUUAUAGUUAAGGAUAAAAUAUGUUUUACAAGUGUUUAUGUGAUUAUUACGAGUCCGAACACCGGUAGUCAUACAAUUUGUAACCUCUGAAGUGUUGAAUAUUAAUAGCCCACUAGUAGUAGGAUCCCAUCCAACAUUUUUUUUCAUGAUUUUUUUUUAUACAUAAUGCUACUAUUCAAAAUGAUUUUGUAAAAUGUUUGAAUGUUAAGGUAGAAAUAUCUGAUUGUAUGUAUGACUAAGAAAAUCCAGGAUCCAUUUCUUAGCAGUAAAGUAAGGCUAGUUACAUGUGACAAGAAUUAAUAAUUAUGAAUAUAUUUUGAAUCAGUUCUCCAACAAAAAUGCAUAAUUUUGUAGUGUACUGCGUAUAAAUAAUAUUUUCCAUGUGAACAUCGACGUUGCCUGUAAAUUCUUAUUGUUUUCCUUGGACACUAAUAGCUUUUAAUUAUUGAUGGUUUAAUUAAGAAAAGAGGUGAAUCUUUAAGAUACAAUUCAAGGCUUAAUCUAUUAGCAUACUGUACACUUAUAAUAAUUAAAAACCUGUGUUAAUUGUAAAUAUUCUGAUAUCAGGUAUUUUGAACAACCUUUUACUACAUGGUAAAUUCUUAUCACAUUAUAUGUAUUUAUCAUUUUUAUAAAAUGUAUUUGUGUA